AUAUUCACAUAUCCCGGAGGGGACUCUAAUCAUAUAAAAAGGAAAAGUUAGGUAAAGAAAGUAAAAACAACACUAGCCGUUACCACAUCACCCGUGAAACAUAAUAAAUUCGACCGUUACAUUCCAUCAACAUUCAAAUAAUUUCAACCAGCAUAAACCAAAACACAACACUCACAAAGAAAAAAAAAAUUACUUACAACAACAACCACAUACCAAUUACAAUCCCGCAAAGUAGGGUCGGGAGGGGUAGAGUGUACGCAGAUGUACCACUACAUUAGAUAGAGAGACUGUUUGUUUCCGAUAGAUACAAAAAAAAAUGGAGCAAGAAGAAGAUAGAAUCCAAGAUCUCAGAUCCAAAGCCACUGAACUUUUCCUAAGAAAAGAAUGGAAACACUCCAUUGAUGUUUACACUGAAUUAAUAUCCCUUUACCAUGACAAAAUCUCAAACCCCCACCAAAAAAAUCUCGAAAAGCUCAAAAAAUCCCUCUGUUUAGCUCUCUGUAAUCGCGCUGAAGCUAGACUAAAUCUUCAAGAUUUUGCUCAAGCCUUAAAGGAUUGUAACGAAGCAUCACGAGUAGAAAACACCCAUUUCAAGACUCUUGUUUGUAAAGGUAAGAUUUGGCUAAGUCUCAAUAGAUACGCGUUGGCGUUAGAGUGUUUUAAAGAAGCAAAUCUUGAUAACCACGAGUUAGAAAACUCUGAAAUACUUAAUCUGUAUUUAGAUAAGUGUAAGAAGUUUGAGUUUCUAUCAAGAACGGGCGCGCUUGAUGUAUCUGAUUGGGUAGUUAACAAGUUUGAAGGAAAAUCACCUGAGUUAGCAGAGUACAUUGGUUCCAUUGAGAUCAAGAAAUCGGAGAUCAGUGGCCGGGGCUUGUUUGCAACGAAGAAUGUUGAUUGUGGGAACUUGUUGUUGGUUACAAAGGCGGUUGCUAUUGAAAGGGCGAUAGUACCUGAAUCGAGUUUUGAAGGUGCUAAGGAGCAAGCUCAGUUAGAUAUGUGGAAGAGUUUUAUUGAUAAGAUUAUGGAAUGUAUCAAGAGAUGUAAACGCACGUGUGAUUUGAUGUGUAGGUUAUCGAAUGGUGAGAAUGAGGAUGGUUUGGAGGUUCUUGAUAUCGAUAUGUUUAGGCCUGAGGCGGUAGAUAGUAGAUUUUGUAAUACGAAGAUUGAUGAUAAGGAGAAGUUGCUUAACAUUCUUGAUGUUAAUUCCCUUGUUGAGGAGUUGGUUUCCACGAAAAUUCUUGGCAAAUACAAUGAUGUCCAUGGCAUUGGACUGUGGUUAUUGGCUUGCUUCAUCAACCAUUCUUGUGAUCCCAAUGUGAGGCGUUCCCACAUUGGUGAUCACGUGAUGAUUCAUGCUACUAGAGAUAUAAAAGCAGGCGAAGAGCUUACUUUCGCCUACUUUGAUGUGUUUUCGCCCUUCAGGGAUCGCGAGGAGAGGGCGAAAGCCUGGGGUUUUGUGUGCAAAUGCAAAAGGUGUAAUCUUGAAAAGGGUGUUUGUUCAAAUCAAGAAAUGAUGGAAAUGGAGAUGUUUCUUGGUAAAGGAGUAGACAACGGAGGCGUAGUUUAUCGCUUGGAGGAAAGUAUGAGGAGAUGGAUGGUAAGGGGAAAAGGGAAAGGGUACUUGAGGUCAUCGUUUUGGCAAGCGUAUACGGAUGUAUAUGAUUCAGAAAGAUUGUCGAGGAAGUGGGGGAGCAAGAUACCGAUGAUGGAAAAUGUGUUGGAUAGCGUUGUCGAUGCAGUGGGAAGUGAUGAGAGAAUUGUGAAGUUGUUGAUGAGAGGAUUGAAGAGGAAAAAUGGACAUAAAGGGAAUGGAAUUCUUGAGAUGGAAAAAGCAAUGAAGUUAGGAAGGGGAUUGUAUGGAAAGAUAAUGAAGAAACAAACAUUGAAGACUAUACUAAUUCAGCUUGGUGGUAACUAAUGCUGAUGUUUUCAUUCUUUCUUGUUCAGUUCUAAGUAUUUUAGAUAUUGUUGGAUGCGCGCAGAUUAGGGUAGAAGGUUAGUAGGUAGUUGAGGGUUCUCUCUCGUGUAGUAGUUGUGUACUUCUACUAGUAUGGGAAUGGAUUGUACUCUCUGGUUUCUUGAUCCUUCAAUUUCUGUGACUAUUCAUUGUUCCUUGUACUUCUAUUAUCGUAUUAUUUUGUUGUAGUUACUUGUUUUUUUUCA